CCACCCCCAUUGGCUGGGCUGUCCCUCCCACUGGCCUUAGGGCCCCUCCCACCCCCACUCCAGAUAAGGCCAGCCCGGGACUGCUUCACUGGGCAGUAGGCACUAGGGCUGGAAUGGGGCCGUCGGGCUCCCCAUGGCAAUGGGGGCUCCUGCUGCUGGGGCUGCUGCUCCCCUCUGCCACCCCCUUCUGGCUUUUCAAUGUGCUCUUCCCCCCGCAUACCACGCCCAAGGCUGAGCUCAGUAACCACACACGGCCCGUCAUCCUCGUGCCUGGCUGCCUGGGGAAUCAACUGGAAGCCAAGCUGGAUAAACCAGAUGUGGUGAACUGGAUGUGCUACCGCAAGACAGAGGACUUCUUCACCAUCUGGCUGGAUCUCAAUAUGUUCCUACCCCUUGGAGUGGACUGCUGGAUAGAUAACACCAGGGUUGUCUACAACCGCAGCUCUGGGCGCGUGUCCAAUGCCCCUGGUGUACAGAUCCGUGUCCCUGGCUUUGGGAAGACCUACUCUGUUGAGUACCUGGACAACAACAAGCUGGCAGGUUACAUGCACACACUAGUGCAGAAUCUGGUCAACAACGGGUAUGUGCGCGAUGAGACAGUGAGGGCCGCCCCCUACGACUGGCGGCUGGAGCCAAGCCAGCAGGAGGAAUACUACCGGAAGCUUGCUGGGCUGGUGGAGGAGAUGCAUGCUGCCUAUGGAAAGCCUGUCUUCCUCAUUGGUCAUAGCCUUGGUUGCCUACACUUGCUCUAUUUCUUGCUGCGCCAGCCCCAGGCCUGGAAGGACCGCUUCAUUGAUGGAUUCAUCUCUCUUGGGGCUCCUUGGGGGGGCUCCAUCAAGCCCAUGCUGGUCUUGGCUUCAGGUGACAACCAGGGCAUCCCGAUCGUGUCCAGCAUCAAGCUGAGAGAGGAACAGCGCAUAACAACGACCUCCCCUUGGAUGUUUCCUUCCAGAGAGACUUGCACUUUGAGGAAGGCUGGUACAUGUGGCUACAGUCACGUGACCUACUGGCAGGCCUCCCAGCACCUGGAGUGGAAGUAUACUGUCUGUAUGGCGUGGGCCUGCCCACACCCAACACCUACAUCUUUGACCACGGCUUCCCCUACACAGACCCCGUGGGGGUACUCUAUGAGGAUGGUGACGACACUGUGGCCACACGCAGCACUGAGCUCUGUGCCCGCUGGCAGAGCCGCCAGCCACAGCCUGUGCAUCUGUUGCCUCUGCAUGGGACACAGCAUCUCAACAUGGUCUUCAGCAACCAGACGUUGGAGCACAUCAAUGCCAUCCUGCUGGGUGCCUACCGACGUCGUACCCCCGCACCCCCAGCUGCCAGCCCAGGGCCCCGACCCCCUGAAUAAAGACCCUCUUUUGCUCUUUAAGUUUUGACAUGUGUGUUGUGGGUUGCAGAGGAGGCAGUGGCAUCCAGGCACCAGUAUCCACCAAGCAAUAGCCAUAGGCCUG